AUGAGUCGCUUCUCGCUGCUCUUUGCAACUCUGGUUGCUUCAAUUUCCACACUCAUCUACAUCUUACCUGUUGAGCAAUACACCUCAGCAUACUACAAAGUCAUAUCCAUAUUCAACACCAGCGACGCAUCUACAACAGAUAUAAACACACCAACCACAUCUUCCGAGCCAUCUACACCCGGAAACGCCACAAUGUCAAUUCUCCGACAGGCCAAGAUCGUCCCUCAUCUAUCUUCGACCAGGGGUCACAACUCACUAGGAUGGCUGGACACUUACCACAGCUUUUCCUUUGCCGAUUGGCACGAUCCCAGAUACACUCACUUUGGAGCCCUACGAGUCUUGAACGAAGAUAGAGUCAAGCCCAACACGGGAUUCCCCACCCACCCUCAUCGAGACUUUGAAAUCUUUAGCUACAUCUUGUCCGGAGAGUUGACGCAUCGCGAUUCCAUGCUCGCCAAGGGCAAGGAGGGUGGCCAAUCCGAUAAAUUCUUCCGCAUGCACCGCGGAGACGUGCAAUUCACCACAGGCGGCACGGGUAUAGCCCACUCCGAAUUCAACGAGCACAACAAGGACACGGUCCACUUCCUCCAGAUCUGGGCGAUUCCGUGGAAGAGGGGCCUGACUCCCCGAUAUCACACUCGUAAUUUCCCAGAGGAGGCCAAGAGAGAGGGCUUUGUCAAGAUCCUCAGCCCGCUCAAGGCUGGCGAGGACGCCACCUUUGAAGAAGAAGCGGAAGCAGAGCCCACCAUCCCAGGAACCAUCCCCAUCCACGCAGAUCUCGUCAUGGGCGCCGGCAUCAUCGCACCGGACGGCAAGUUUGAGUGGACGGUUGGAGGCGGCGCAGGACAAAAGACACAGCGCAAGGUCUUUGUCCACCUGCCAAUGCUCAAGGGCGGAAAGGCCAAGAUCCGGCUCGAUGGGCGAGAGGACGCGGAGCUUUCCGAAGGAGACGGCGCAUUUGUCGACGGAGUUCAGAUUGGAGACAGGCUGAUAGUGGAGAGCAUUGGAGCGGCCGAAGCCGAGGUGGUUGUGCUUGACACGGCUUGA